AUGGAAGUCUUUUGCUUAACAGAGCAUAUGCCACGCGGCAAGGAGGAUUUCUACCCCGAGGAGAAAGCGGAUGGUUUGACAACGGAGGAAUGGCUCAUUGAGAAUGAAGCGGCUUUCUUCACCGAAGCAUCAAGGCUACGAGAAAAAUAUGCAUCUCAAAUCAAGCUGGUGAUUGGUUUCGAGAUUGACUGGAUACGGCCCGAGUCCCUGAGGCUGAUCGAAACAUCAUUAUCCCGCCUACCUUUCGAGCUCUUUGUUGGGUCUGUGCAUCACGUACACACAAUUCCGAUCGACUAUGAUGCCGACACGUAUCGCCAAGCAAAAGAACUAGCAGGCGGCACUGAUGAGCGCUUAUUCGAGGAUUACUAUGAUAGUCAACUAGACAUGUUGCAAAAGUUGAAGCCUCCUGUCGUUGGACAUUUUGAUUUGAUCCGAUUAAAAAGCGAUGACCCGAAUGCAAGUUUUGUCCAGUAUCCGAAAGUGUGGGAGAAGAUCCAACGUAAUCUUCGCUUCGUGGCGGAGUAUGGAGGUAUGUUGGAGCUUAAUUCUGCUGCGUUGAGGAAAGGGAUGACGGAGCCGUAUCCUAAGGCAGAGAUUUGCCAGGAGUUUCUGUCAAUGGGUGGCCGCUUCUGUAUGUCCGAUGACAGCCAUGGUAUUGACCAAGUCGGCUUCGGUUAUCGACAAGUACUAGACUUUGUGACCCAGACUGGCAUAACAGUUUUACAUUACCUCGACCUAUCCGAUGAAGGCACGGCAUUCGAUGCCCGUUUCCCGUCGACGAGGAUCCGCUCUGUAUCUGUCGAGGAACUCAAGCAGAAACCUUUCUACCAAUAA